CAGCCGUUAGACGAACAAAUAGCACCGCUUUGAAGUUUAUAUUUUUCGACCGAACUGCAGCAAUAGAGCAGCUCAGGGCGAAUCAUUCUACAUAUUGGUAUCCAACUGAACCACACUGAAACGGCAGAUCAUAUCGCGUCGCAUCACAUUGUAUCAAAACCGAAUAGCAGUCAUCCACCAUGUCGACUCCGGAGUGGAUGCAAAAAUACCAGGAAAUAGGGCAGAAAGAAGAUGAAGGUGUCACAGAAAUGGGAAGAGAUGGGUUCCUGAAACGAGCGGAAUCCAGACGCAACAGCUUGCUCAUCGAACAAGGAGAGGACAGCAAUGAAUUCUCUGAGACGGUACCAUUGGCCACGACCGAAAAGGCGAGCGUCGAAAUGGUGCGAAGCACUCGAUCCGAUCCUCCCGAUUCCGUGUCGGGAAAUGCUCGCGACUUCACAUACGAGACAGAGAGCAAAUCCGCCAACGACGGGUACGAUCAGACAUCGUACAUCGAUGAAUCCAAAUAUGGCGGCAGUGCGUCCGAUGCAGCUCCAAUUAGUAGUGCCCAAGACGACAAUGUCAGCUCUGCAAAUGGGACUCAGAUGAGCAGAUCGACGUACGGGGGAGAGGAUUAUAUCGAGGAAGAAAUUCUCGUAGACGACGAUGGAAAUGAAAUCUUUGAGGAGGAGGUCUUGGUGGAUGAGGAUGCCAACGACUUUUUCGCCGAACAGAGACAGCAACUUGUUAGUGAUUCGGCUGCAAUCGAGGAUAAGGCACAGGGAGAUGUUGUCUUGGCAGAAGACGAAAAGUAUCAGGUGCCCCCUUCCCCCAUUGAUACUGCUAGCCAAGCACAAUUGCGUUCGGGAACACAGAUUUACGACAUAGAAGAGCAGAAACGCAUUUUAGGUAUUGGAAAACCAGGAAAACGAAGUAGCAUGAGCUGGUUUAUCCCAUUGCUAUCCUUCUGCUUAAUUAUAGCAGCUAUCGUUCUCGUUGUUUUCUUUGUCGUUCUCAAUGACGAACGGCAAAAAUUUGGAAUGAAACCUUCUAUGGCACCUACACCAGCAGUCGCUGUACCACUCGAUCCAGAAGCUUCAAGUAGCGGUAGCGUCGAUGCCGCGAGAACAACUGAAUUUGAUCCCUUUCGAAACAAUUGUAAUUUUGAGGGAUCGCUGCAACCAAAUAUCAUCGAUCAAUGCAUUUGCGAAGAAUCCGUCGAUAUUAUUGCAGAUGAUGUCCGGAAUCGAUGGAAUAAGCUGGUUAAAAACUUCAUUCCGUCUGUUUAUCCAGAGUGGAACGAGGCAAUUGACUCUUGUUCACCAGAGAACCAAGCGCUUUUGUGGUUGUCGUCGGGCAUCAAUAACGGUGGAGAGAUUGAUGAUUUACAUCGCUUGCAACGAUACGUUUUGGCAACUGUUUACUAUGCACAGGGAGGAAUUGGGUGGUUUCACUCGAAAAACUGGCUCUCUGGUAGGAGCGUUUGUGGAUGGGAAGGCGUUGAAUGUAACAGCGAUUCGUUUGUUCAAUUCUUGAGCCUUGAUUUCAACAAUUUGAUAGGAUUUGUGAGUAAAAUUCUGUCGAAGAUUCCCGUUAGUGAAACAUGAAAUUGCAAACUUUGAUAUUGGGCAACUCACCUUCGAUUUUUCCUAUACGUGUCAUCAGCUUUCCAAUGCACCUACUUUGCUUAAUGCUAUUGAAGGUUAUUCCGUGGUGGGUAACAGCUUAGAGGGAUUUAUUCCAUAUUCGUACUUUGCAAGCGAUACCCUGAAUCACAUUAACUUUAGCGACAAUGAACUGUAUGGUGCAUUUCCUACAAUCUCGUCGACAAAUAGCGCACUUACUUACCUGAAUAUCGGAUCAAACAAUCUGGAUGGGACUGUUUCAAGUGAUGUUGGAAAGUUGUCCAGUUUGAAGGUUCUAAAUAUUGAUUUCAACGCUUUCUCUGGGACCCUACCAUCGGUUUUGUUCCGUUUGCCUCUAGCUGAGUUGUCCAUUGGAGGUAACGGCUUUGAUGGUAUGAUACCGGAAGAAAUUACAGAUCUAUCUGCGUUAACCUCGCUCUCUCUCGGUCCCAACUCUUUCUCCGGCGAUGUACCAACAAGUUUGAGUGUCCUCACUAAGUUGGAGAAAUUGUCAAUCGAGGGAAUUGCAAAUCUGGGUGGUAGAUUGCCUGCUGCCUAUGGUCUCUCUUUGACUAACCUAGUCGAACUUGGUAUAUCUGGAACCAACAUUGACGGAAAUAUCCCAGCUCAAUUUUCAAUGUUGAAGAAGUUGAAAAAAUUGCGAUUGAGUGACAAUGAUCUGAGAGGGGUCAUUCCUUCGAGCAUCGAUCUUCUGGCGGAUCUCGGUAAGGUUUUAUCACAUUCGUCUUUUCUAAAUCUGCUUUUUUUCUACUUUCUAACGCCUUUUCUCUCCGAACGUAAAUUUAUAGAGAUCCUUCACUUAAAUGGAAAUAGUUUCUCCGGUACAGUGCCAUCCGAAAUUGCGAUGCUAUCUUCUCUGGAAGAACUCAAACUCGACAGAAAUAAGCUCGUUGGCAGCAUACCCGAAGAAUUUGAAGAGCUCCUUGAGAUGAGUAAGUCAUGUGAACAUGUCUUCCAGUGUGAAAUGCAAUGAGCAUAACUUMGUAGAAAAAAUAACCCAAUCCGAUGUCUAACUCUAUUUUUCAUCCGUCAUAGGAACUCUUACACUUAAUGGCAAUGCCAUGGAUGGCAGAGCACCAAAUGGAGUGUGUGCUCUGCGAGAAGCUGAGCUCGACGAAUUUGUUGUUGAUUGUCCCACUCUCGUGGGCGAGUCCGAUGUCUAUGGAAUAAUUUGCAGUAUUCCCAGCUGCUGUACUGAAUGUUUUGAUCCAACGGGAGCCACUGGUUCUAUUACAGAGGAAUCAUCUGAAACGAUCAUUGGUGUUGCGUCUGAAGAUCCCGAGCUUUCCUUUUUGGUUUCACUUAUUAUUGAAGCAGGAUUGAUUGAUCCACUCUCUUCGGAUGGCCCCUUCACUCUUUUUGCACCUACCAAUGCAGGUGUUGUUUCGCUACUAAAUUCGCUUGGCUUAGAUCCCACUGAAGUGAUCGGGGUAGACCCUAGCCUUCUGUAUGGUAUCUUAACUUAUCAUGUGGUCCCAGGUAUCUAUUCAGCAGAUGACAUAUCUGAUGGUCUGACUCUCGAAACAGCGAUGGGAGAAUCAAUUUCGUUUGAUAUUAGUGAGGGCAUUGGGACUGUUAAUGGAGCUAUCAUACGCACUGUUAAUAUCCCUGCUAGUAAUGGAUUGAUUCAUAAGAUUGAAGGUGUUUUGGUACCAUCGAUCUUGGACGACAUGCUCUGAUUAUACACAUGAUACACGUAACUGUAAAAUUAUUCAAUAAAUUGUUUUGGAAGUG